AGUUGUCCCUCGAAAGUCAUGGUGUUUUCCUUCACCAAACUCUUUGGCUCUGUUUAUUUGGCUUUACUGGGUACCUCCGGGGCUGUCGCUGCUCCUUGGCCUUUAUCUACUAAGUACGGAACAACGCGUACGCGACUUGUAGGAAGAGAUUCUGGUCUGCAGCUGGUCACUUUCCACCCGGCGUCGGCGUUCGAAACGUUCGGUGUGGAGGGUUUGGACCACCCUCUGGCUACUCGCGUAGACGGCUUCGACUUAAACGACGCUGCUCUCUCCUUCGUGCAGUCCAAACUCGGUAUUUCUCAGGACGCCGUGACGUUGAAGUCAAGCUUCGCUGGUGAAGUAGCUCAGCACGCGUUUGUUAGGCAACAACACGAUGGUAUUCCGUUCGCGAACGCUGUCGCCAACGUGGCCUUCAAAAUGGACGGAAAAGUCGCUUCAUUCGGCUCUUCGUUCGUGACACCAAGUACAAUGCCGUCUUCUUCCCCCUCAGUCUCCCUCGAGGACGCCAUCAGCACCGCCGAACAAACGCUCUCCGGCACUUAUAACUCUGACAUAGCAGCAAGACUCGAAUUCCUAGCCCUCGAGGAUGGAAGUGUCGCGCUCACACACGCCUUUCAUAUCCAGAACGAUACGACUGGCGAUUGGUUCGAUGCGUUCGUGGAUGCACAUGAGAAUAAGGUUUUGUCGAUUACGGACUUUGUGGCGAGGGCUUCGUUCCUCGUAUUGCCUAUCGAUGAGGAGGAUUUGACGGAAGGGUUCCAGACGAUCACAGAUCCUAUGGACACGACUGCUUCGCCUUAUGGCUGGAACAGCCUCGAUGGCACGACUGUUAGCACUGACACUUCCGGAAAUAAUGCCGUUUCAUGGAAAACCGACGAGACCACCGGCACAACCCCCGAGUCCUCCACCGGCCUCAACUUCGCGUACGUUCAGGACCCAAGCGCAGACCCUACGACCGCUACCAAUGUCAACGCCGCCGUGACCAACGCGUUUUACGUCGUCAAUACAAUUCACGAUAUUUCUUAUCUGUAUGGGUUCACGGAGGCGGCGUUCAACUUCCAGGAUAAUAAUUUUGGUAAGGGAGGAACCGCUGGGCCGGAUAGGGUUACGAUUAGCGUGCAGGAUUCGCUGUUCACCGAUAACUCGGCUUUCACGACGCUUCCUGAUGGUCUCUCUGGACGUAUGAGGAUGUUCCUCUGGACUUACACAUCGCCCGAACGCGAUGGUGCCCUAGAGAACGACAUCGUCAGUCAUGAGAACACACAUGGGAUCACUAACCGAAUGACCGGUGGUGGAAAUGCCGACUGUUUACAGUCUACUGAGUCUGCUGGCUUGGGCGAGGGAUGGUCGGAUGCUAUGGCGGAUUGGUUGGAACAAGAUGGCCCUGAUGUCGCUGACUUUGUCCUUGGUCAGUACGUUAUGAACAACACUGCUGGUAUCAGGUCGCACCCAUACUCGACGUCGACGACUACGAACCCUCUUACGUACGGUAGUGUUGCCGCCCUCGACGAAGUACAUGAUAUCGGUGAAAUCUGGGCGAAUAUGCUGCAUAACAUGCUAGCCUCUCUCGUUGACGCACACGGCUUCUCUUCUACAGCUCGUACUGACCCAACUGGAAGCGAAGGGAACACCGUCUUCCUCCACCUCUUCAUAGACGCUCUGCCCCUGCAACCUUGCAACCCCACCUUCGUAACCGCCCGUGACGCUAUCAUCCAAGCCGACGCGAACCGCUACAACGGAACAAAUACCUGUAUCCUUUGGAAUGCGUUUGCCAGUCGUGGCUUGGGUGUCAAUGCUGCGAACUAUGUCGAUGAUAUGACUGUGCCGGAUGGGUGCUGA